AUGGAGAAUAGCCCGGUGGAGGCAUUGGCCUUGGCCCGGAGCGCACCGGUCGUCGGGCGUUGCGCCGUGGGUCGUCGGGCGCUGCGGAGCCUGCAUUGUCUUGUUGUGUUCUGCAGGCAGCCUCAGAGGUGGUUCAACACGGCUGACAUCACAGUCGCUCAUCAAAACAAUCUGCUGAAGCAGCUCAACCAGCAGCGCCGCCAGGAGCUCUUCUGCGACUGCAGUGUGCUGGUGGAGGGCCAGCUCUUCAGGGCCCACCGCAACGUCCUGUUUGCCAGCAGCGGCUACUUCCGCAUGCUGCUGACCCAGGGCCCGGACGGGCUGCCCGACACGGUUAACGCCGCCUUCGACGCCUUCACCCCAGAGACAUUCACCGUCAUCCUCGAUUUCAUUUACUCGGGCCAGCUGGACCUCUCGAGUCACAACGUGAUCGAGGUCAUGUCGGCGGCCAGCUACUUGCAGAUGAACAAUGUCAUCAACUACUGCAAGAACUUCAUCAAAUCCUCUUUGGACAUCAGUGUGAAAGAGGAGGACAGCGACCGUUGCCUCAGCUUGUCCGAGACCUGCAGCUUCACCAGUGGAGCCGGAGAGGAUUCCACAGAUCCGCAGCAGCAAGGCCCCUGCUCGGUCAGCCCGCCGCCCGCUCUCUGGACCCGGGACAGCUCCCUGUCCCAGUCCGGCUUCAUAGGCAAGGACCCAGAACAGGACGCGUCCGCCUUGGCCCUGAAAACCAAUCCAAACAGCCCCACCAACGAGGUCAGUGCAGAUGCAGACGGCCUGCAAGACCCUCAGGACCCUCUGUACACGUUGCCCGGAUCAGAGCGCCGGCGUUCAAGAGGCGGGACCAAAAGGAGAGCGCCCAAUAGCAACCGUUCCAGCCAGCACGAAGACCUGGAUGUUCUGGAGACUAGAACCCAAAAAGCUGAAAAGGCAGAGGAGCUUUAUGCCACCCUACCUCCGAUUGUAGGCGUUAUUGGACACUUCAAUAAAGAUUCUAACCCAGUUAUGCGCUUCAAAUGCCCCUUUUGCACACACACGGUAAAGAGGAAGGCAGACUUGAAGCGUCACCUGCGCUGUCACACCGGUGAGAGGCCGUAUCCGUGCCAGGCCUGCAACAAGCGCUUCACACGCCUGGAGCACCUCCGCAGCCAUUUUGAAACGAUCCAUCAAGCCAGGAAGCUGGUGUGCAGAAAGUGUAAGUGUCAGGUGACCGAAGAAACUGGGCACGUGGUGUGUGAGGGGACUCGACGCUACCGCAUGUGCACCGCCUGCAUCCAGGAAGUGGGCUGUGAAAGCAUCCCCAUAGACAGUCUCGACGGGCCCUUAGAUGAGCCGGCCUUGUUAUUAGGUGUGAAUGGGGAGGAGGAGGGGGACACCAAGAGGAGUUGGAUGGUGAACGACGACGAUGACCUGGCUGAAGAUUCGGGGACGGACCUGAUCAUCCAGCAGGUGGACGACAGCGAUGAGGAGCUGCAGUGAAAGGGGGCCAAAGUGUUUGCCGGUUCACAGAUUUUAAGUUUUGUGUGCUUAAGCCAUGAAAGAUAACUUAUGCAUAAAAUACAGGAACCGGUGAAGUCAAUACACACAUUUAAGAUGUAUCCGUAGUCUGUUAGCAAAAUGCACCUGUUUUUGUUUUUUUAUGAGAAUGGUGAAAAUGGAAGACAUUUUUGUAAUCUCCUUAAAGAUAUGCACUAUCUAAAGCAUGUUUCCUUUGGUUCUUAUGUAGAUACAUGAUAACAAGUUCAAUAAGUGUUUUUUUUUUAUCUGCAUGAAAAAAAAAUCAGACCUUUGCAGCUUUUUGGGGACUUUCUGCUGGAAUUCAAGCCAAGUUGAGUAUCACAGGUAGAGUAGUGGCUCUGCUGAGAGCCGGCCUGUUUAUAAGUGUUACAAUAGUUUUAUGGCUGGUCAUGAUAUGCACUAUGAAACAAUUAUAAUAAUUUAUUUGUUUGUUUUUUUACUUUUUGACACAU